AUGGAAGGAUAUAGAUACCCAUAUCCUAAUCAAUAUCCCCCUGCGGUGUCAGAGGGUCAGUUUCCUGAUCAUGGGGACGGUUUUGGAGAUUAUUACGAAGCAGGCCCAAUUCAUGAGGACAAAAGCACAAGAAGACAAAGUCGCUCAAAGCAAACUAAAUCAAAACGCGCAACGAACAGAUCACGUUCGAGAAGUAGAACAUCCGUCUCAGAUCACUCCCGAUCACAAUCACGGACAUCAAGAUCUCAUUCACGGUCAAGAUCACGGUCAAGAAGUAGAAGUCAUGGUCGAUCGGGGAGUCGCCGGGACUUAAAUAAGCGCGAGCCAAGUUUUCUGGACGCUUUUAGAAUUUUGUAUCUAACGCCUAGUAAACAUAAGAAGAGUACGACGAAAUACUUAGCAACUAAAAAACGCCAAGACAGAAUACAGGAGAUACUUAAAAGCGACGGCCUUGGCUCAAAGCGGUGGAUGUUCUAUCCACGGUCACGUAUGCAAGAUGACAUGGCUGUUGUCACUGUCAAUGGAGUGAGCGUGACUCGUGAUUGUGAUCAACGUGUGAAAGUUGAUGGUCAUUUUCUCAGAAAGUACAAACGUAGUAAACAUGUGGACAAAGAUGUCCCGAUCGCAAAGUUGAAACGGUGGGAGCUGAUUUUUUAUAAGAAGCUAGGUUUUAUUCAAGCUGUUUAG